AGAAGAGGAGAGCAGCGAAGCUUCGGCAAUGGCGAAACCAAGGCUUCUUCGCCCACAGUUCUUCCACACACUAGUUCCAGGCUUUCACACUCACCUCAUGAUUCCUGAAGACUUCUUCUCCAAGUACAUUGAGGAAGGCAUAAGCGUGGCGGCUGAGCUGAUAUCCGACGCGUCGGAUAAAAAAUGGAGAGUGAAGAUGACUGGUCGGAGACUAGGUGACGGCUGGAGAGAGUUCGCCGUCGCUAAUAAUCUUCGGUUCGGCGGCGUCCUUCUUGUUAGAUACGAAGGAGAUAUGGUCUUCCGUGUUUCGAAUUUAGGUCAAAGUUGCUGUGAGAUUCAAGACAUUUCGCCUCCAUGCAACAACAUUGAGCUUCCCAGAAACAAGAAAGUUAAGAUGAGAAGUCCAGAAGCAGAAGCAGAACCACUUUCUUCUUCUUCUUCAGAUAACUCCUGUUUUGUGGCUCUUGUUACGGCUUCUAGUCUACGCACAGAUAAACUGCAUCUUCCACAACAUGUUACAAGCUCAAAUGGUUUUACAAGAAAAUGCCGCAAGAUUGUUUUAGUAGAUGGAGGGGAAAGAUCAUGGACAUUGGAUCUGAGCUUCAAUAAAUCAUCCGACACUUUUUGCACGAGCCGAGGUUGGAGAAAUUUCUGUGAAGAAAACGGUCAAGGACCAGGAGGCUUCUUUAUGUUUAAACUAGUAGGAAACGGUGAAACUCCCGUGCUCAGUCUUAGCCUUACAGAAUCUAAUAAUGAUACAAGGGACUGUUCGCAAGCUAGCGAGAGGGAAUCUCUUUCCACAGAAUUUAGCAGCAAAGAUGAAUACAUACCAGGCGAGAGCAGUGAAGAUGAUUGCAGCUCAAUGGAGUCGUUGAUGGAGACAGGAAAAAAGAAGUGUAGUCCGAAACGAAGAGUCACAUCAUAUUCAUCAUAUUAUAAACGAUAUGUAACAUUUACACUUCCGCAUGGUUAUGCCACACAUCAUCAUACAUUGUCUCUUCCAGCGCUAUUCGUGAGAGAGAAUGGCAUCAACAAGCCUGGGGAGAUACAUCUAUUGGGUAAAGAUGGUACAAAGUGGCCGACAAGUCUUUUUUUAGUAAACAUCAGAGGAAGUAUGAGUUUGGGAAAGGGUUGGAAAGAAUUUGUCAAAGCAAACGGCGUAGAGUCAGGCUUCACACUCAAGUUGAUGUGGGAAGACACGACUCCGGUGUUUAGUUUGUGCUCUGCAGAUUCUACCAGUGACAGAGAGCAAGAAGAGUAUUUCAAAGCUAUCAAGAAACAAUCUCUUUUCAUAGAUCCUAGCAACAUAGACAAUAGCAGCAAAGAUGAGAAUAACAAAGAAGAGAACAUGUCAUGGGAGGGACAGAAGAGAGGGAGAGAUUCAACUCCAUUGAGCCUAAAACAAUUUGUUACAUUAACGAUUGCACCUUGCUGCUUCAUAACGUGUAGACUGGUUGUUCCAGCACAGUUUGCAAGAGAGAAUAGCUUGAACAAGCUCAGAAUGAUAUAUCUGUUGGGUAGAGAUGGUAGAAAGUGGCUGACAAAAAUCCAUCAGGAUAAAAAAGGAAGAAUGAGUUUGGGAAAGGGUUGGAAAGAUUUUGUUGAAGCAAACAAGUUUAAGUCAGGCGAUUCCUUUGCUAUGGAGUUAAUAUGGAAAGACGGAACUCGUAUGCUCAGGUUGUCAGGUGCAGAGUCUAGGAGUUCAAAAGCAUAUGUUUCCACAGAAGCUGGAAGCAGUAGUGAUUCAUCCUCAGCAAUCCAAAAUCGAUCGGUCACAUUAACACUCACACCGGAAGAGGUUAGAGCCUGUAAGCUGCAUCUUCCAAGUGAGUUCAUGAAGGCUAAUGGUAUCAACAGACUUGGGAAGAUAAUUCUUUUGGGUGAAAACAAAAUGGAAUGGUCUGCGUAUCUGUUGAAAAGAGAUGGAACUGUUGCUUUGGGAAUGGGUUGGGAUGAGUUUUGUGAAGCUAAUGGCGUAAGUUUAGGCGAAUCUUUCACUUUAGAGUUUAGUAAAGAACAAAACAGAACAACAACUCCUGUAUUUAAGUUUUGUUCUCUGGAGACUAACAAAAAGGUAGGAAAAUGUUAAUUAGAUAUUAAAGAUCCCGGUGGUGACAACUCUUUCAUCGUACUAUGAUGUAAGACCAUCUCUAAGGUAUCU